CUCUCCUUCCAGGCGGCUCAGAGCAGAAAGCCUCCGGUUUACCAGCGGACCUGUGCAGAAGGAAACAGAUAGUUUGUCAAAUUCAGCUGCUCUCAGCGUUGGGCAGGGAGGCUCCAGGGAAAGCGACGGCCAGUGACUGCCAACCCGGAAACCGAGAGCGACUUAAAUAGGAGGAGGCGGUGGCAAUGAGCACGCAUGUGCAGAGGAGGGAGCCGGAGCAGCUCGGGGACAAAGACGCCGAGAUGCCGGCCACCGAGAAAGACCUGGCCGAGGACGCGCCCUGGAAACGGAUCCAGCAGAACACCUUCACCCGCUGGUGCAACGAGCACCUGAAAUGUGUCAACAAGCGCAUCCACAACCUGCAGACCGACCUGGCGGAUGGGUUGCGGCUCAUCGCCCUGCUCGAGGUGCUCAGCCAGAAGAAAAUGUACCGCAAGUAUCACCAGAGACCCACCUUCAAACAAAUGCAGCUGGAGAACGUGUCUGUGGCGCUGGAGUUUCUCGACCGGGAGAACAUCAAGCUGGUGUCUAUUGACAGUAAAGCCAUUAUAGAUGGGAAUCUGAAGCUCAUUCUAGGGCUGAUAUGGACUUUGAUUCUUCACUACUCUAUUUCCAUGCCAGUUUGGGAUGAUGAAGGAGCUGAUGAUGCCAAGAACCAGACACCCAAACAGAGGCUAUUGGGAUGGAUUCAGAAUAAACUGCCUGAUUUGCCAAUCACCAACUUCAGUAAUGACUGGAAAGAUGGAAAGGCCUUGGGUGCUUUGGUUGAUAGCUGUGCUCCAGGUUUGUGCCCUGACUGGGAGAUCUGGGAUGCAGCCAAGCCAGUGGAUAAUGCACGUGAAGCUAUGCAACAAGCAGAUGACUGGCUUGGAGUUCCACAGGUGAUUACCCCAGAGGAAAUCAUAGAUCAGAAUGUUGAUGAGCGAUCAGUGAUGACCUAUUUGUCACAGUUUCCCAAAGCCAAACUUAAACCUGGAGCUCCAUUAAAGCCCAAAUUGAAUCCCAAGAAAGCAAGGGCUUAUGGUCCAGGCAUUGAACCUGCAGGUAAUGUUGUGAUGCGCCCAGCUACAUUCACUGUUGAAACAAUUAGUGCUGGGCAAGGUGAGGUGAUGGUCUUUGUGGAGGAUCCUGAAAACCAGAGAGAGGAGGCAAAGGUGACCAACAACAAUGAUAAAAAUAAGACCUACACUGUGGUUUAUGUACCAAAGGUUGCAGGACGUCAUAAGAUUACAGUUUUAUUUGCUGGACAGCAUAUAUCGAAGAGUCCUUUUGAAGUCAACAUUGACAAGGCCCAAGGUGAUGCCAGUAAAGUGACCGCACGAGGUCCUGGCUUGGAAUCUACAGGAAACAUUGCCAAUAAGCCAACCUACUUUGAUAUCUAUACUGCAGGUGCUGGAGUUGGUGACAUUUCAGUUGUGAUAAUGGACCCUCAGGGUAGUACCAACACUGAAUUAACAAUUGAAGAUAAGGGAAACAGCACUUACCGGUGCACCUACAGACCUGUGCAAGCAGGGCACCACACAAUUCAGAUUGCAUUCUCUCAAUCACCAAUACCCAAGAGCCCAUAUUCUGUCACUGUAGGUGAAGCUUGUAACCCCAAUGCUUGUCGUGCAACUGGGCGAGGCCUACAACCUAAAGGCCUGAGAAUUCGUGAAGUUGCUGAUUUUAAGGUUCAUACCAAAGGGGCUGGAAGUGGUGACCUGAAAGUGAUGGUGAAGGGACCAAAAGGUUUGGAGCAGCCUGUGAAGCAAAGAGACCUUCUGGAUGGAGGGGAUGCCUUUUCUUAUGAGUACUAUCCUGUUACACCAGGAAAACACAUCGUCACUAUCACAUGGGGGGGCCAUAACAUCCCAAGGAGUCCCUUUGAAAUUCAGGUUGGAUCUGAAGCAGGUCCUCAAAAAAUACGUGCCUGGGGACCUGGUCUUGAUGGAGGAGUUGUUGGAAAGUCAGCAGACUUUGUAGUAGAAACCAUUGGAACAGAUGUAGGGGUAUUAGGUUUUGCAGUAGAGGGUCCCUCUCAAGCAAAGAUUGAAUGUGAUGAUAAAAGUGAUGGAUCCUGUGAUGUACGUUACUGGCCAACAGAGCCUGGAGAAUAUGCGGUGCAUGUUUUGUGUGAUGAUGAGGACAUUGUGGAUAGUCCCUUCAUGGCCACCAUCCAACCUGCAUCCAGUUCCUUCUAUCCUGAUUUGGUAAAAGCCUAUGGUCCUGGCUUGGAGAAAACAGGCUGCGUUGUUCACAAACCAGCUGAUUUCACAGUGGAUGCUAAAGAUGCUGGAAAGGCUCCACUGAAAAUAUAUGCUCAAGAUGCAGAAGGAAUUCCUAUUAGUGUUCAAGUAAAGAAUAAAGGUGAUGGAAUGACUGCGUGCUCUUACACUCCUACCAAACCAAUCAAACACACUGUUGCAAUUGCUUGGGGAGGAGUCAAUGUCUCUAACAGUCCAUUUAGAAUUAAUAUUGGUCAAGGGAGUCAUCCACAAAAAGUGAAAGUUUUUGGUCCUGGUGUUGAAAGAACUGGCUUGAAAGCUAAUGAGCCCACUCAUUUUACUGUGGAUUGCACAGAAGCUGGAGAAGGUGAUGUCAGUGUUGGCAUAAAGUGUGAUGCUCGUGUGAUCAGUGACUCUGAGGAGGAUAUAGAGUUUGACAUUAUUACCAAUCCCAAUGAUACUUUCACUGUGAAGUAUACACCACCAGCUGCUGGACGUUACACCAUUAAAGUGUUGUUUGCUGGUCAGGAAAUUCCAGUUGGUUCUUUUCGAGUUAAAGUGGAUCCAUCACAUGAUGCCAGUAAGGUUAAGGCUGAUGGCCCUGGAUUAAAUAAAACUGGAGUGGAACUUGGGAAACCAACACACUUCACUGUAUUUACAAAGGGGGCUGGGAAGGCUCCACUUAAUGCACACUUCAGUGGGCCUGCAAAAGGAGAGGCUGUCCGUGACUUUGAAAUAAUUGACAAUUAUGACUAUUCUCAGACUGUCAAGUAUACACCAACACAGCAGGGUAACAUGGGAAUUGCUGUGACUUAUGGUGGCGAUCCAAUUCCCAAGAGUCCCUUCAACAUUGAUGUAGCAUACCCACUGGACAUGAGCAAGGUCAUGGUUAAUGGUCUUGAAAACAGAGUAGAAGUUGGGAAAGAUCAGCAAUUCGCCAUAAACACCAAGGGAGCCGGGGGGCAGGGUAAUGUGGACGUGAAGAUCUCUAGCCCUUCACAGAAACCCGUGCCCUGUGUAGUGGAGCCAGUUACAAGCAAGGAUGCUUGUGUAGUGAAGUACAUUCCCAAGGAAGAAGGCUUAUACUCUGUAGAUGUGAUGUAUGACCAGAAUCCAAUUGUAGGUAGCCCAUUCACUGUGGAUGCUGCUCUACCUCCAGAUCCCUCCAAGGUAAAAGCUUAUGGUCCAGGCCUCACAAGUGGCCUUGUUGGCAAAUCUGCUGAAUUCACUAUUGACACUAAAGGAGCUGGUACUGGUGGGCUGGGCCUUACUGUAGAGGGCCCAUGUGAAGCUAAGAUUGAGUGCUCUGAUAAUGGGGAUGGGACCUGUUCAGUCUCUUACUUACCAAAUGAAGCUGGUGAAUAUCUUAUCAACAUCUUGUUUGAAGACACUCAUAUUCCAGGUUCUCCAUUCAAAGCAGAUGUGCAGUUACCAUUUGAUCCUUCCAAAGUUGUUGCCUCUGGUCCUGGUUUGGAACGUGGCAAAGUUGGAGAGGCUGCACUAUUUACUGUUGACUGUUCAAAAGCUGGUCCUGGUGAACUGACCGUAGAACCAGUAUCCGAUAAGGGUGUUAAAGCUGAAGCCCACAUUCAGGAUAAUGGUGAUGGUACUCACACUGUCAGCUACAUUCCACUUCAACAUGGUCCCCACAAAAUCGCAGUAAAGUAUGGAGGGCAACCAGUGCCUAAGUUUCCAGCACGGUUACAGGUGGACCCAGCAAUUGAUACUAGUGAUGUUAAAGUAUAUGGACCUGGAAUUGAAGGACGUGGAGUUUUCUGUGAUGCCACAACUAACUUUACAGUAAAUGCAAGUUCACUGACCAAAGUGGGAGGAAACCACAUUAGAGCAAGCAUAGCAAAUCCUUCAGGAGCCAGCACCGAUUGCCUGAUCGGGGACAAGGGGAAUGGAAUAUAUACAGUGGAAUACACACCAUAUGAAAAAGGUGUACACACUGUUGAUGUAACAUAUGAUGAUGCACCAAUUCCAAAUAGUCCAUUCAAGGUAGGGGUCACAGAAGGAUGUGACCCUUCACGUGUCUCAGCGAGUGGACCUGGACUGCAAGAGGGCUUGACCAAUAAAGUGAAUAAAUUCUCUGUUGUAACAAGGGGAGCAGGAACUGGUGGUCUUGGGAUUACUGUUGAAGGACCUUCUGAAGCAAAGAUCUCUUGCAAGGACAACAAAGAUGGUAGCUGCAGUGUUGAAUAUACUCCUUACACUCCUGGUGAAUAUGAUGUGAAUAUUACCUAUGGAGGGCAGCAUAUAACAGGCAGCCCAUUUAAGGUACCAGUCAAAGAUAUUGUGGAUCCAAGCAAAGUGAAAUGUAGUGGACCUGGGCUGAGUUCAGGUGUAAGAGCCAAAGUUCCUCAAUGUUUCACUGUGGAUUGUAGCAAGGCUGGGAAAGCUCCUCUUCAAGUAUCUGUGUUGGGACCAAAAGUUGGUGAGGCACAGCCCCAACCAUGGCACAGUCCUCUGAAAACGAUUACAGACUUCUUUAAAGGAGAGAUCAAGAACGAUGACAGGGAGACAGGCCUAAUUGAGCCUGUUGAAGUCAUUGAUAAUGGUGAUGGCACUCACACAGUCAGCUACACUCCUUCACUUGAAGGGCCAUAUUCUGUUUCAGUGCAGUAUGGAGAUGAAGACAUUCCUCGCAGUCCUUUCAGGGUGAAGGUGCUACCAACUCAUGAUGCCAGCAAAGUGAAAGCCAGUGGGCCCGGCCUCACAUCUGGUGUACCAGCUAGUCUACCAGUAGAAUUUACCAUUGAUGCUAAAGAUGCUGGAGAAGGUCUCCUUUCAGUACACGUAACUGACCAAGAAGGGAAGCCAAAGAAAGCUAAUAUCCACAAUAAUAAUGAUGGCACCUACAAAGUUUCCUACAUACCAGACAAGACUGGACGUUAUACUAUCGUAAUCAAAUAUGGAGGUGAUGAGAUUCCAGCAUCCCCUUACCGAAUCCGUGCAGCAGCUACUGGUGAUGCUAGCAAAUGUACAAUGUCAGGUUCUGGUCUUGGACCUACUGUUCAGUUGGGUGAUGAACUUGGAAUGAAGGUGGAUGCCAAAGCUGCAGGCAAGGGUAAAGUCACCUGCACAAUCUGCACUCCUGAUGGCACUGAAGUGGAGGCAGAUGUUAUUGAAAAUGAUGAUGGAACUUACAACAUCUUCUACACAGCACCAGAAAAAGGAGCAUAUGUUGUUUAUGUCCGCUUUGGAGGAGUGGAUGUUGCCAACAGUCCAUUUAGUGUUGUGGCCACAGAUGAAGUUCCAGUAGUGCCACAGCAGCUGGUGCAACAGCAAUCUCUAAAUGCAUAUCCCCCUGGCUUCCAACCCUGGGUUCUUGAUGGAGCCUACCCACCAGUUGAUGGAUUAGAUGGCGUUGGCUUAAAACCUUUUGAUAUUGUUAUUCCGUUUGCUCUCAGGACAGGGGAAAUCACAGGUGAAGUUCACAUGCCUUCAAACAAAACUGCUAAGCCAGAAAUAAUUGAUAACAAGGAUGGUACUGUGACUGUCAAAUAUGCUCCAACUGAAGCUGGACUACAUGAGAUGCACAUCAAAUACAAUGGCAGUCACAUUCCAGAGAGUCCACUGCAGUUCUUUGUGAAUUAUGGAGGUAGUGGGCAUGUGUCUGCUUAUGGCCCAGGCCUUGUCUAUGGUGUUGUCAACAAACCAGCUACUUUCACAAUUGUGACUGAAGAUGCCGGAGAAGGAGGUUUGGACUUGGCCAUUGAGGGGCCUUCUAAGGCAGAAAUCAGUUGUGUAGAUAAUAAGGAUGGAACCUGCACAGUCUCUUACCUCCCGACCUUGACUGGUGAUUACAGUAUCAUUGUCAAAUACAAUGAGAAACACAUUCCUGGAAGCCCUUUCACUGCCAAAGUUACAGAUGACAGUCGGCGAAGGUCACAAGUUAAGGUUGGUUCAGCUGCUGACAUCUCACUGGACAUCCAUGAAAGUGACCUUAGUUUGCUAUCUGCAAGCAUUAAAUCUCCAUCGGGCCAGGAUGAACCAUGCCUAUUGAAGAGGCUACCAAAUAACCACAUUGGUAUCUCCUUUAUCCCACGGGAAGUCGGUGAACAUCUCGUCAGCAUAAAGAAAAAUGGUAAACAUGUGGCAAAUAGCCCAAUUACCAUUAUGGUUGGCCAGUCUGAGAUUGGUGAUGCCAGCAGAGUGAAGGUUUCUGGACCAGGUUUGAAGGCAGGGCGAACAUUUGAAAUGUCUGACUUCAUUGUGGAUACAAGAGAUGCAGGUUAUGGUGGCCUUGCACUAUCUAUUGAAGGCCCAAGUAAAGUGGACAUUAAUACAGAAGAAACAGAGGAAGGCACCUGCAAAGUUUUCUACUGUCCAACUGAACCAGGCACUUACAUUGUCUACAUCAAGUUUGCAGAUGAGCAUGUGCCAGGGAGUCCAUUUACAGUGAAGGUAACUGGUGAAGGCAGAAUGAGAGAGAGCAUCACUCGUAGAAGGCAGGCUGCAUCAGAGGCAACAGUUGGAAGCAUCUGUGAUCUGAACUUGAAGAUUCCUGAAAUCUCAGUCAGUGACAUGUCUGCUGAAGUGACCAACCCCUCUGGACAGUUGGAUAGAGCGGAGAUCACUGAAAGUGAUAACCAUACUUACUGUGUCAGAUUUGUACCUCGUGAAAUGGGUGUGCACACAGUCAGUGUAAAGUAUCAGAAUAAACAUGUACCAGGCAGUCCAUUCCAAUUCACAGUUGGGCCACUUGGUGAAGGUGGAGCUGUUAAAGUGCGAGCUGGUGGUCCUGGUCUUGAGCAAGGAGAAGUUGGAGUACCAGCUGAAUUCAGUAUCUGGACACGGGAAGCUGGUGCAGGCGGCCUUUCCAUUGCUGUGGAAGGACCUAGCCGGGCAGAGAUUGCAUUUGAAGAUCGAAAAGAUGGAUCCUGUGGUGUGUCUUAUGUUGCACAAGAACCUGGAGAAUACGAGGUGUCGAUCAAGUUUAAUGAUGAAUACAUCCCUGGCAGUCCCUUUAUUGUUCCCAUCAUGGCUUCUUCAGAGGAUGCAAGCAGACUUACUGUUACUAGUCUUCAGGAGUCAGGGUUAAAAGUAAAUCAGCCAGUAUCCUUUGCUGUGAGACUGAAUGGUGCUAGAGGUUUGAUUGAUGCCAAAGUUCAUAGCCCCUCCGGGGCAGUGGAGGAUACCCAUGUGUCUGAAAUUGAACCAGAUAAGUAUGCCAUUCGUUUCAUUCCCCAUGAGAAUGGUGUUCACUCUAUUGAUGUCAAAUUCAAUGGCAGUCACAUCACUGGCAGUCCAUUCAAGGUUCGAGUUGGAGAGCCUGGGCAGACGGGAGACACCAGUCUUGUUUCAGCUUAUGGAUUAGGCCUUGAGAAAGGAACUACAGGUGUCCAAUCUGAAUUCAUUGUUAAAACUGCUAAUGCCAGUCCAGGCUCACUUAGUGUUGCUAUCGAUGGACCAUCCAAGGUAAAAAUGGACUGUCGUGACUGCCCUGAAGGAUACAAGGUUUUGUACACUCCAAUGGCACCAGGAGACUACCAAAUUGGAAUUAAAUAUGGAGGACCAUAUCAUAUUCAGGGUAGUCCUUUCAAGGCAAAAGUAACAGGUGCUCGGUUGAUUAGUGGUGGCAGUACACAUGAAAGCUCUUCCAUUAUGGUAGAAUCUGUGACCAAAUCUACUACUGUUAACUCCUACAGUGCUGUCCCCAAAUUUGCAUCUGACAGCAGUAAAGUGGUGUCCAGUGGUGCAGGCCUCUCUAUGGCCAAUGUAGGUCAGAAGAACUGCUUCUCAGUGGAUUGUAGAAGAGCAGGUUCAAAUGUACUCCUAGUUGGCGUUCAUGGACCCACUAUUCCAUGUGAGGAGGUGUCUGUGAAACACAUUGGAAAUGAGCAGUACAACGUGGCCUAUGUAGUGAAGGAGAGGGGAAACUAUACACUGGUUGUGAAAUGGGGUGAUGAGCAUAUUCCUGGGAGUCCAUUCUGUAUUGCAGUUCCUUAAGCAGGCCACUUUUUAAUCUGGCUACUUCAAAUUCAGCACUCCAGUUUGGUAUCUUGAGUUUUCAGAGGGCACUGCAAUUGCAUGAUGGUUUCUAAAGCUCCAAAAUGGAUGUUUUUUUUCAAGUAUUUGCUGUUGACUCAGCUACUUUUAAAGAAUGGAUUGGGUUAUAGAUUUUGCCGUUCUAUGUAGAAACUGAAGAUUGUAUGGAUUAUAUAUAAAUAUGAACUAAACUGGGUCCAUUGUAAAACUGGAUUAUUUUGGGAUUUUUGCCAGCUGUCAUUUUGGCUAAAGCCAUAAAUAGCUGCUUGAGCUUCAUGGACUUGAAUGCAAUGUAGAAUAAUGGAAUCCCAUUCUGAAAUGGUUAUUUUUUGGAUGUAAUGCUUCACUAUAAUGACGUGGCAGACGGCAUUGCUUGUUAUGCCUUUUUCUAAUUGGGGUGAUUGCGCAGUCUUUUGAAGCUUUUCGUAAGGAAUGUGCAAACUGAUCAAAGGACUUUGAUGAUCUUGUCUAAUUGGAGACUCAGGAACUCUGGCUUCAAAUUUCUGCAAAUGUCCUUGCAUAAACACUGAUCUUAAAUUAUUUGCUGGGGAAAACUGCUGCUGUGGCUGUCUUAUCACCAACUUUUGUUGUCUACUGCAUGCUCCAAUAUCAGUGUCGUCUGAGUAGAAGACUAUAUUUGGAAUAGAUUGGUAGGUACAGUAAGAUUUUUGCAAGCACCUACUAGCAAAUCUGUCCACCUGCCCCCCC